GUCACUGUGGUGAGUGCGCGCAUGCGCAGUGGCUCAGCGUUGAGACUCCAUUCCAGUGUGUCGGUGAGGGUUCCCCGAGCCUGGCAUCCUGAACAGCUGUCCGCUGCUGAGCUCACUUCACCUGCUCCUCAAACAAAAACAACUGGACCAUGAGCGGAGACCACGGACACGGAGGCUCCCAGGUCAAUUCGGGAUCCAAAGGAGGCGACUCUCACAAACAUAAAGACAAGCACAAAGACAAGGAACACCGACACAAAGACCACAAGAGAGACAAGGAGCGGGAGAAAUUCAAGCACAGCAACAGCGAGCAUAAGGAACAACCCGAGAAGAAACACAGAGACAAAGACAAGGAGAAGCUGAGGCACAGUGAAAAAGAGAAGAGAGAAAAGGACAAAGAGAGGAGGAGAGAAGAGAAGAUCAAAUCAUCCCAUGCAGACAAGCCCAAAAAGGAGAAAGAGAACGGAUAUGUAAGAAACACAAGCCCGGUCGCCAUUAAGAGCGAGCCCGAGGAAGACAACGGCUUCUACCCCUCUCCCCAACACAACAAGAUCUCCAAACGGGAGUAUGACGAUGAAGAAUUUGACUACAAGCCCAAAAAGGUCAAGACGGAACACGACAAAAAGGCGAAGAAGAGGAAACACGAGUAUGAAGACGAUGAGGAGGAUGAGGACAUCAAGCCCAAAAAGAAGACAAAAGACCGAAAGGCAGCAGAAGGAAAGAAAGCCAAAAAAGAGGAAGAGGAGAAGUGGAAAUGGUGGGAGGAGGAAAGAUCCACCGAUGGCUCCAAAUGGCGCUUCCUUGAACAUAAAGGUCCAGUGUUCGCACCACCGUACGAACCCUUGCCUGGCAAAGUCCGAUUUUACUAUGAUGGUAAGCCUAUGAAACUUAGUGCUGGUGCCGAGGAGGUAGCUACAUUCUUUGCCAAGAUGUUGGAUCAUGAAUAUACCACAAAGGACAUCUUCAGGAAGAACUUCUUGAAGGACUGGAGGAAGGAAAUGACAUCAGAGGAGAAGUCAAAGAUCAGCGACCUUAACAAGUGCAACUUUGGCGAGAUGAGUGAGUACUUCAAGGCCCAAUCAGAAGCCAGGAAACAGAUGUCGAAAGAAGAGAAACAGAAAAACAAAGAGGAGAACGAGCGACUCCUCCAGGAGUACGGCUUCUGCAUCAUGGACAAACACAAGGAGAGGAUCGGAAACUUCCGCAUCGAGCCACCGGGUCUCUUCCGAGGACGAGGCGACCAUCCGAAGAUGGGCAUGCUGAAGCGCCGCAUCAGACCUGAAGACAUCAUUAUUAACUGUAGCAAGGACUCCAAGCAUCCUAAACCUCCCCCGGGGACAAAAUGGAAAGAGGUGCGCCAUGAUAACAAGGUGACCUGGCUGGCGUCUUGGACCGAGAACAUCCAGGGCUCCAUCAAGUACAUCAUGUUGAAUCCCAGCUCCAGGAUUAAGGGGGAGAAGGACUGGCAGAAAUAUGAGACCGCCCGACGGUUGAAGAAGUGUGUGGAUCGCAUCCGGAACCAGUAUAGAGAUGACUGGAAAUCAAAGGAGAUGAGGAUCAGGCAGAGAGCUGUGGCACUGUAUUUCAUAGACAAAUUGGCACUGAGGGCUGGGAAUGAAAAGGAGGAAGGCGAGACAGCGGACACAGUUGGCUGUUGCUCGCUGCGGGUGGAGCACAUCAAACUGUACCCCAAGAUGGACGACCAGGAGUACGUGGUGGAGUUUGACUUCUUGGGGAAAGACUCCAUCCGGUACUACAACAAGAUCCCAGUGGAGAAGAGGGUUUUCAAAAACCUCCAGUUGUUUCUGGAGAACAAGCAGCCAGAAGACGACCUCUUCGACAGACUGAAUACGUCUAUUCUUAAUAAACACCUGCAGGAGCUGAUGGAUGGACUGACGGCCAAGGUGUUCCGUACCUACAACGCCUCCAUCACCCUGCAGCAGCAGCUCAAGGAGCUUUCCUGCUCUGAUGACAGCAUCCCUGCUAAGAUCCUGUCCUACAAUCGAGCCAACCGGGCGGUGGCCAUCCUCUGUAACCACCAGAGAGCUCCUCCCAAAACCUUCGAGAAGUCCAUGCAAAACCUUCAGACCAAGAUUGACGAGAAGCAAAAUCAACUGUCAGCAGCCAGGAAGCAGCUGAAGGCUGCGAAGGCUGAUCACAAGGCCUCCCACGAUGACAGGAGCAAAAAGGCUGUGGAGGUGAAGCGUAAAGCCGUCCAGAGGAUAGAGGAGCAGCUGAUGAAGCUCCAGAUGCAGGCCACGGACAGAGAGGAGAACAAGCAAAUUGCUUUGGGCACGUCCAAGCUCAACUACCUGGAUCCACGUAUCUCCGUUGCAUGGUGCAAGAAGUGGGCUGUUCCCAUCGAGAAGAUCUACAACAAAACCCAGAGAGAGAAGUUCGCUUGGGCAAUUGACAUGGCCGAAAAGGACUAUGAGUUUUAAAUACACUUAAUAUUUUACCUUUUUAUAAUAACUCCACCUAUGUGACCGAGCUGGCAACGGGUGCCGCUCUUCACUCUUCAAAAAGAGAGAAAGAAAAAAAACAAAUCACAGUAGUGUGUAUGUAGCCGCAGGUACCUGUCCAUGAUCACACACCUAUGAACAAAUUAGUAUUAUCUAUGGUCAGAUAUAUACGACUGUACUGACAUUUUUAAGCCAUCAGAUUUAUUGAGAAAUUCUAUAUUCUCAUAGAAUAAUGAACUAAGAAAGGUUUGAAUGGGAGCUUGUGAGGAACAACAUGAGAGAGAUAACGAUGUGAUGAAUUUCAAUUUGUGGAAUUUUAGUGUGUAAGAUUGGCACAAUGAAAUGAGCCCCACAGACAAUAGAAGUCAUACCACUAUGCUCAUGUAAUUAUUAGCACACAGAAUGUCUUUUUUUUUUUCUGUUUAUUUCAGGGAUGUACAAAUUUUUUUGUCAUUUUUCAGUAACUGCGAUCCAUGUUUUUUUUUCUUUUUCAAUGUGUGCUGUAUGCAUUAUCAACAAAAAGCUCUUCAUUGCUCAUAUGCAACUUGUGUGUCUGUGCGUGAAUGUGUGUGUGUUUGUGUAUGUGUGUGUGUUUGUGUGUGUGUGUGUGUGUGUGUGUGUGUGUGUGUGUUUGUGUGUGAGUGAGUGAGUGAGUGUUUCCACAGUUUUACAGUAAGUGAGAUGUAACAUUCCCUUUUGGUUACUUGAAGCAGCUGAGGUACAGCAUCAUGUUUUGUGUCCGAGCUAAAAGAGACAGAUGUUUUUCUAGGAGGGAUGUGGAUUUUGCCAAAAAAAAAGAGAGGAAGAAAUCACAGAGGUCAAUCAUUGUAGUGUACUCUUUUUUUGUAUUGCUGUGAUUAAGCAGAAUGUGUCUUCUUUAAAUUGAAUUCCAAAUGUGAAACGAUAACUUGUAUAACUUUUGUCCUGAAUAUUUCCUGCUAUUUAAACAUUGAUCACACAACUCCCAAUUGGCUAGUUGGCCCAAUGCGUUCUUGUUUUAAGCUUUGUAGUCUUCAGAAUAAAAACAUCAACCAUG